AUGGCGCAGAGCGUGGCGCGCACGGCGGCGGCGCUGAGCGAGUGGCCGGGCGAGGCGAGGCGGGCGGUGAAGGAGCGUGGCGCGCACGGCGGCGGCGCUGAGCGAGUGGCCGGGCGAGGCGAGGCGGGCGGUGAAGGGUACGGGACUCACGUGUGGGGCGGCGCGAUGGCGCAGAGCGUGGCGCGCACGGCGGCGGCGCUGAGCGAGUGGCCGGGCGAGGCGAGGCGGGCGGUGAAGGAGCGUGGCGCGCACGGCGGCGGCGCUGAGCGAGUGGCCGGGCGAGGCGAGGCGGGCGGUGAAGGGUACGGGACUCACGUGUGGGGCGGCGCGAUGGCGCAGAGCGUGGCGCGCACGGCGGCGGCGCUGAGCGAGUGGCCGGGCGAGGCGAGGCGGGCGGUGAAGGAGCGUGGCGCGCACGGCGGCGGCGCUGAGCGAGUGGCCGGGCGAGGCGAGGCGGGCGGUGAAGGGUACGGGACUCACGUGUGGGGCGGCGCGAUGGCGCAGAGCGUGGCGCGCACGGCGGCGGCGCUGAGCGAGUGGCCGGGCGAGGCGAGGCGGGCGGUGAAGGAGCGUGGCGCGCACGGCGGCGGCGCUGAGCGAGUGGCCGGGCGAGGCGAGGCGGGCGGUGAAGGGUACGGGACUCACGUGUGGGGCGGCGCGAUGGCGCAGAGCGUGGCGCGCACGGCGGCGGCGCUGAGCGAGUGGCCGGGCGAGGCGAGGCGGGCGGUGAAGGGUACGGGACUCACGUGUGGGGCGGCGCGAUGGCGCAGAGCGUGGCGCGCACGGCGGCGGCGCUGA